CAGCCCCUGCCUCUCGAUGCAGCACCCCAAGCCCUUCUACGCCCCCGCCACGCCCCAGGAAGGCUUCAGCCCCCGCGGCCCAGACGGCGCCGAGGCGCCCGCUCCCGCUUGCCCGGAGCCUCUGCCCGCCGUAGGUGUCUCCAAUCUCUACGCCGCCCCAAACCCGGAGAAAGAGGUGUUUCCAGUCCCCCCGGCAGGCUUCCAGAUGGCGCCCUGCGGCUGCUUCUUCGACCCCCGCAUCUACCGGAUCGAGUGGGCCGCCACCGACUUCGGCCAGUCGUCGCUGUACAAGCUGGUGGCGGCGGGUGGUGGGGGGCCGGCUGGGGGCCCCACAUCACCGGGCACCUACCUGCUGGAGUCCCAGCCCUACCUCAAGGCCACAGGGCCGCCCCCGCCGUACCCCCACUACCAGCCGGUGCCUGGGGGCACCCCGUACCUCAUGUCCUACUUCCCGCCCGAGGGGCCCGACGCCCUGGGCUUCGUGGGGGACGGGGGGCCCCCAGCCUUCGUGGAGCUGCCCCCCACCCUGCUCAAGGACGGCCCGGCCCCCCCAGCGCCCCCCAAGGAGACCCAGCCGCCGCCCCUGCUCAUCACACUCCCGGCCGAGGCCGCCCUGCCCCCCGCCACCUACGGCCACUUCAAGGGCCGCCUGAGCCAGCUGCACGGCCCCGGGGAGCCCCUGGCCUUUCCGCCCAAGGAGCCCGGGCCUGGCCCUGGGGAGCCCAAGGCGGCCGAGGCCGACGGGCCCCCGCUGGGGGCAGGCGAGGCGGGGACCCCCCAGGCCACCAAGGCCGCGGCGCUGCCCGACAAGGUGCUGCUGGAGGACGCCAUGAAGCUCUUCGACUGCCUGCCGGGCGUCCCCGAGCCCGAGGGGACCCCGGGCAAAGGUCCUGGCCCUGGCCAGCCCGACGGGGCAGGCGACUCCUCUGGGGACAUCCGCUCGCUGCACCUGCCGGACGAGCUUCUGUCCUUCGACUACAGUGUCCCCGAGAUCCUGGACACCGUGUCCCACGUCGACUACUUCUUCAACUUCAAGGCGCUGGAUGAGGAGCCACCGGCCCGGCCCGGGCCCCCUGCCGUCCAGCCCGCGGCCCCCGCACCACGGGCCGAGCCCCCUGGCCGGAGGAAAGCGGGCGCCUCGGCCACCAAGAAGGGGAGGCAGGGAGGCAAGAACAAGCAGGCCACCCCUCCGGCGCCCAGGCAGGACUCGGGGGCCGCCCCCCAUUAA